GUAAUCAAGUGUUUGCAGAAUUCGCCACCGUCCCUCGUCGAGAUGGCCGUGAAGAUGUCGCCGUAUAUGAUGCAGGCUCAGAAUUAUUUGCUCGAACUUUUGAACGCGUGCCUACAUGAAUUGCGACAAUGCAAACUGCCCUGUACAGAUGUGCUUACCCAGGAAUUGGUUUUGAUGUCGUCCAUCGAACGCUUGCUGUCUACCUACGUUGGACCGAACUACGAAGACUGUAUCAGCGAGCGUUCGAAAGUUUUAGUUCAGGACAUAAACGACAUCAAACGAAUGCUGAGAAGUUUGGAGCAUGACGACGGGAAGACGUUUUCUGCACUGCUGAACGUUCUGAAGCGCAAUGAAGCGAUUUUUCACAACAGCAGCGGUUGGCUAUUCACUGCCACUGCCCAAAAACUGUUCGACAUCGGACAGAAGAUAGCUGGUGAGGUUCCCAACAAAUGGGAGGCACUCAAUUCCGUAUUGAAGGAGGCUUUCGAGACGUUCACAGUUCAUGCUGGCCGGCCGUCUAUUGUUGUAUUGGUAUUCGUGUGCGACGACGGCGUGGCGAAACAGUUGGGCGAGGUCGUCGAACGCUGGAUCAAGGUCGCCGACCACGACGAAAGAAGUGACCAUUUUUUACCUCAUGGAACUGUGGUUGAGACAGAAAUUACGAAUAUUUUGGGCGUCUCCACGAGGAAAACAGCGUCUGUUGUACUGUUGCCAUUGAAACAGCGAUAUUCAGUGCUACGUGGCCUGUUCUAUUUAUCCCCCGCCGUAGUGGUCAUGUAUGACGUGGACCUGUGGUUAGUGCGUCAAGUCGAAAUGUACUAUACGACAGCCGUCGACCGUGGCGUUGCGUUCAAAAUUUAUUUUCUGAUGUACGACAAGUCAGCGGAGGAACAGCGCUACCUGUGCGCCAUGCGACGUGAAAGAAAUUCGUUUGAGCAGCUGUUCAAGGAAGAGACUAAUUUGGUCGUUCAGAAAACUGUCGAAGCAGUGGCCACUGACGAAGGUUCAGCUAUAACUGAACAGACUAUCGUCGUCGACAUGCGAGAAUUCCGAUCCGAACUGCCCACUCAUCUUCAUACGAAGGGCAUUAAGUUGGCUCCGGUCAUUCUGACCGUUGGCGAUUAUGUUUUGUCGCCGCAAAUCUGUAUCGAAAGAAAAGCCGUCGCUGACCUGAUAGGUUCGCUUCUGCAUGGGAGACUGUAUCUACAAUGUCAAGCGAUGUGCAGCUUUUACGAUCGUCCAACGCUACUCAUCGAACUGAGCGACUGCAAGAAAACCUGGAGGCAUCUCGGUGAUAUAUAUGCGGCUAAGCUGGCCGCUCUGACCCUAAACUUCCCGACUCUGAGGCUGCUUUGGGCCGCAUCGCCGCUGUCCGCCGCCGAAUUGAUGAUCGAUUUCAAAUGGAAACGAGAGGAACCAGACGUCAACAAAGCAGUUAGCUACGGAAAAACUGAAGUGGCGGACAAUCUGAAGUAUUUGCAAAGCCAAGCUUCGUCCAUAAUCCGAUGUCUCCCCGGCGUCUCCGCGAGGGAUAUUUCACCCAUACUAAAAACUAGCUAUAGUUUAAGAAGCCUCGUUUCAAUGAGCCAGAUGGAGCUGAAAAAUACAAUGCUGCUUGGAUCGCAUUCUGGCGAGCUAUAUGAAUUCAUUAACACAGACUUCUCAAGCCAGAAUGGCAAAUGUCCGAAUAAAAAGCUUAAGAAAACGUAA